CACUAAUGUCAAUCCAUGGAUGGAAUCGUCGGUGGUGCAGGGUAGGAUACUGUGGUCCUCUACUAGUUCUCCAGCGAAGAGAUCGUUGAAAAGCUGGCUUCUUUCUCUCUCUGUUUUCAUUCCCGGAAGUUCUUCCAGCAAUGGUGAUGAAGGGUGAGUAUGUUGAAGAAGGCCAAAACAAGGCUGCAACAACAAAGGAGGUGGAUCAAGGGAAGCUUCCUGCAUUGACAUGGCAGAGGAAGCUCAAUAGUGAACCAACCCCUCCUUUGCCAUUCAGUCUUACUUUCAGUGAUGUUGCUCAUAUGCUGCCAAUAGGGGUGAGGUUGAUUUUUCACACCAAGGCAGAAGCUGCAAAAGGCAGGGAAACUAUAUUUGAUUUCCUCAGAAAGCACCAUAUCACCGGCGAUCAUGGCCUCCCUUUAGGCGGCUUAGGAACAGGAAGCAUUGGAAGAAGCUACAAAGGGGAGUUCCAGCAUUUCAAGUUACUCCCUUUGGUACACGAAGAAAAGCCGGUUUUGGCUAACCAAUUUUCGGCCUUUGUGUCUCGCCCGGAUGGUAAGAAGUUCUCUUCUGUGUUAUGCUCAAGCAAGCCUGAACUCCCCAAAGGAAGCACAGGUUCUGGCAUUGAGUCUUGGGAUUGGAAUCUUGGUGGUGACAAGACUACUUACCAUGCUUUGUUUCCUAGGGCUUGGACUACUUAUGAUGGUGAGCAUGAUCCGGAGUUGAGAAUCGUGUCACGUCAGAUGUCACCUUUCAUUCCUCACAACUAUAAAGAGAGCAGCUUCCCAGUAGCAGUGUUCACAUUUGAGCUCUAUAAUUCUGGAGCUACCUCUGCAGAUGUCACAUUACUCUUUACUUGGGCAAAUUCACUUGGUGGGCAAUCUGGAUUUACAGGGCAACACUACAACUCAAUGAUGAAGACAAAAGAUGGAGUUCAUGGAGUUACCUUGCAUCACAAGACAGCAAAUGGACAACCUCAGCUCACAUACGCCAUGGCAGCCCAGGAGACAAGCGAUGUUCAUGUGUCGGAAUGUCCUUACUUUCUACUAUCUCCCACCUCCUCCCAAUCCAAAGGAAUCACAGCCAAGGAUAUGUGGGAUGAGAUUAAGAAGCAUGGGACAUUUGACCACAUGUGCUGCAAAAGUGCACCUUCAGAACCAGGCUCAUCAAUUGGGGCAGCCAUAGCAGCUUCUGUGACUGUCCCUCCACACUCUGUCCAAACUGUCACAUUUGCAUUAGCAUGGGACAGCCCAGAAGUAAGGUUCAGUGAGAAAAGUUACUACAGACGUUACACGAAAUUCUAUGGCUCGUUAGGGGACGCUGCAGCUAGGAUGGCUCAUGAUGCGAUUCUUGAGCAUGGUCAUUGGGAGGCUGAGAUAGAGGCAUGGCAGAAGCCAAUUCUUGAAGACAGAAGGCUACCAGAAUGGUACCCAGUUACUCUCUUCAAUGAACUCUAUUACCUGAAUGCUGGUGGGACAAUAUGGACAGAUGGAUCACUCCCUUUGCAAAGCUUAACAUCAAUCAAAGACCAAAAAUUCUCCCUAGAUGGAUCAAUCAUGCAACCAAAGCACCAAAACCACAUCCAUUCACCCAAAAAUGACACAGCAGUCGACAUCCUAGAGAGAAUGGUGACAACCUACGAGCAGAUCAACAACCAAACUACAUCAAACGCUGCGUUUGGAGCGUACCUCAUGAGCGAAGGAGAAGAAAAUGUUGGCAACUUCCUCUACUUGGAAGGCUCAGAAUACCUCAUGUACAACACUUAUGAUGUUCACUUCUACUCGUCGUUCGCCAUCUUAAUGUUGUUCCCAAAGCUUGAACUCAACUUCCAACGAGACUUUGCUGCCGCGGUGAUGAUGCACGACCCUACAAAGAUGAAGAUCAUGAGCGAUGGGAAGAUGGUUCCCAAGAAGAUGCUUGGUGCUGUGCCACAUGACAUUGGAUUGAAUGACCCUUGGUUUGAGGUCAAUGCCUAUAAUCUUUUCAGCACGGCUAGGUGGAAAGACUUGAACCCCAAGUUUGUCCUCCAGAUAUACAGGGAUGUGGUGGCCACGGGCGAUACGAGCUUCGCUAGAGCAGUUUGGCCAUCGGUGUACCUUGCCAUGGCGUACAUGGAGCAGUUUGACAAAGACGGGGAUGGAAUGAUCGAGAACGAAGGUUUCCCUGAUCAAACUUAUGAUGCAUGGCCCGUCCAUGGAGUGAGUUCUUACUGUGGUGGCCUUUGGGUGGCUGCACUACAGGCCACAUCUGCAUUGGCUAGUGUGAUUGGCGAGACCGAUUCAGCAAAAUACUUCUGGAUAAGGUACCAGAAGGCCAAAGCUGUGUAUGAGAAGCUCUGGAAUGGAACAUACUUCAACUAUGACAGCAGUGGGAACCCUUCCAUCCAUGCUGAUCAGCUUGCUGGUCAAUGGUAUGCUAGGGCGACUGGUCUUUCACCGAUCGUGGACGAGCAGAAAGUGAAGAGUGCAUUGGAGAAGAUCUACAACUUCAAUGUGAUGAAAUACAAAGGAGGAACUCGUGGCGCCGUCAAUGGGAUGUUACCAGAUGGAAGGGUCUUGCCAGGGAUGCAGUCGAAAGAGAUAUGGCCUGGUGUGACUUAUGCACUUGCUGCUUCCAUGAUUCAAGAACAGAUGGAAGACUUGGGGUUCAAGACAGCUUCUGGUGUGUAUGAAGCUGCAUGGUCACAAACCGGCCUAGGGUACUCAUUCCAGGUCCCAGAAGGAUGGAACACAGAUGACAAGUACAGGUCACUCUGCUACAUGAGGCCAUUGGCAAUAUGGGGAAUGCAAUGGGCUCUCACCAGAGAAAACCUCAUGAAACAAGAAGUCACCCAUCUUGUUCAUCAUCAGCCACUUACAGAAGAAGAAGGAGAAGCUGCAAGUUAUGAAGAGCUUGCUUGGUAUACAAGGCAGCAUGCAGGGUUCAGUAAAGUUGCUAGGCUUCUCAAAGUGCCUGAGGAUGAUGGCGGGAAAAGCUUCUUGCAGACUGCCUUUGAAUUUACCUGCAGCAAAUUGCCAUUUUAGGGGUUAUUUUUUUUUUGAACAAUUUGAUUUGUAUGAACUGUGUAUAUAGUUAUAUGAAGCAUCAUAGUGUCAUCCCAUUUUGGUAGAGGUAAUGUAAAGUGAUGUAAUUGAAAGGGGGUUUUGACAAUGAUAUGAAAGGAUUAAUGUGUAGGCGGUUUGUAUUAUGCUCUACAUGCUUCUCUUGGCUAACUUGAGCUAGGUUUAAAGUC